CACUCUGCAAAUUACCCAAUCAGCUCUAAGUACAAAGCAUCGCGAGUCUUUAGUGAGCUUUGGCGCUAUAAGCCCGUGGGAACGGGCAUUGGCGACCCUUUUCACAAGAUGGCGCCGAAAGCGAAGAAGGAAGCUCCUGCCCCUCCUAAAGCCGAAGCCAAAGCAAAGGCUUUAAAGGCCAAGAAGGCAGUGUUGAAAGGUGUCCACAGCCACAAAAAAAAGAAGAUCCGCACGUCACCCACCUUCCGGCGGCCCAAAACACUGCGACUCCGGAGACAGCCUAAAUAUCCUCGGAAGAGCGCUCCCAGGAGAAACAAGCUUGACCACUAUGCUAUCAUCAAGUUUCCGCUGACCACUGAGUCUGCCAUGAAGAAGAUAGAAGACAACAACACACUUGUGUUCAUUGUGGAUGUUAAAGCCAACAAGCACCAGAUUAAACAGGCUGUGAAGAAGCUCUAUGACAUCGAUGUGGCCAAGGUCAACACCCUGAUUCGGCCUGAUGGAGAGAAGAAGGCAUAUGUUCGACUGGCUCCUGAUUACGAUGCUUUGGAUGUUGCCAACAAAAUUGGGAUCAUCUAAACUGAGUCCAGCUGCCUAAUUCUAAAUAUAUAUAUAUAUCUUUUCACCAUAUACAUGCCUCUCUGUCAAUUUCUGGUUGGGCUGGGAGGCCACACGCAGACACUGACAUGACAGGGCUUGGGCAAGAUUCCUGUUCUACUUACCCUUUGGAAAUAUUAACCCUGCCACUCUACCAUGUGUGAUCACUCCAGAGAUCUUUGUGACUAGAGUUAGUGUCCUAGGAAAACCAGAACUCCGAACUUGCCUCCAUGGUUGAGGGUAACAAGAAGCUGUACAAGAACCCCUUCUUUUAUCCCUGGAAGAGGCUGUGUGUGAAACCAGUGCCCAGGGUUUGAAGGGCAUUAGCAUCCAUUUCAGGGGAGUGUGGAUUGGCUGGCUUUCUGGUAGCAUUUUGUCCUCACACACCCAUCUACUAUGUCCAACCGGUCUGUCUGCUUCCCUAAUAAAGGACAAGGACUUCA